AGAGAAACGCCCGGCCGCGCCGGUGACGGGCGGGUGACGCGCGCCACCUCCCGCCAUGAGCUCAUCGCGCUUUAUAUACCCGUCCUCUCCUCCCAACCCAACGGCCAUUGCCCACCGCACCACCACGGACGCAAGCAAACCGCGCACAAGGCAGCGGAUCGCGAGGAGGAAGAAGACGAGCUCGGUUCACGUGCGUCGACCGGUCGAGAUGUACCAGGCGAUCCCGUACAGCGCGGGCCGGCUGGCGGCGUGGCCGCGGCGGUCCGAGCAGGCCGAGGCCGACGGCGCGGCCGGCCAGGAGGGCGCGCCGGCGAGGGGCGACGGCGGGGAGGCGGUGAGGCGGGCGGUAGCGGAGAGCCCGGUGCUGGUGGUGGGGAGGCGCGGGUGCUGCCUCAGCCACGUGGUGAAGCGGCUGCUGCAGGGGCUCGGGGUGAACCCCGCCGUGCACGAGGUCGCCGACGAGGCCGAGCUCGCCGCCGCGGUCGCCGGGGACGAGGCCGUCGUCGCGCUGCCGGCGGUGUUCGUGGGCGGGCGGCUCCUCGGCGGGCUCGACCGGCUCAUGGCCGUCCACAUCUCCGGCGAGCUCGUGCCCAUACUCAAGGACGCCGGCGCGCUCUGGCUCUGAGCCUCUCAGCAAAGCAAGACCAAGGAUGCAUGCUGGACGGGGUGCUACUACGGACGGACGCACGCACGCACGCACGUACUACAACCGUUUGAUUAGGAGUUAAUCUUUUCCCCUUGUUUUAAUCUCUCCUUUUGAUGAAUCUUGAUGAGAUCAUGUGAGCUACUGGCCUACUGCUGUUCGAUCUUCAGUCUCUCCUGAUUAGGAUCAAUAAUGGAGUACUAGCUAAAUUAGCUAUAGUUAGGCUUAAAUUCUUUCGAUUAGGGGAGGAGAAAAUUAGGAACUAUUGUGUCAACUCGUGCUUAUUUACGACCACACGCUUGUAAAUACAUGGAUGAGUGGAGAGGGGUGUACUGUUUAGCACUGUAUAAAUCAUGUUCCUUUCAUCU